AACGGCUGCAGCCGUAGGAAUAGGAUUAGGUAUGAAAAAGCCAAAAUCGCAAGACUACUUCGACCGUGUGGAGGAUGUGAAGACCUAGGUUUUGUUCAUUCUUCGCCUUCGCAGCGGGACAAAAAUGACCAGCGUUAAUAUUCAAGUCGGGACGGGACCGUCCUCUUCCUCUACGUCCAAAAGUAGAGACAAUGGUGCCUCAGAUCUUGCCGGGGAGGAGGAGCCAUUGCUGGUGCAGUUCCGGACGAGAUUGGCCGCCGUGGCAGCCAGCAAGGACGCGGUCGUCGCAACGAAGUUGAAAGACCCACGAAUGUCGCACGCCGACUACCUGCGCAAGUUCCUCGUCGCGCGGCAGUCCAACCUGGACAAGGCAGCCGACAUAUCCACAGUAAAUUUCCCGUACACGUACAAAUGCAAUCUCUCCAUGACAAAACUUGCCUUCAAUCCUAGUCUAGCAUGACAAGUUCGACACUGCAAGUUAGCGAAAUUUGUCAUUGCAUUUUCUACAUGUUUGUACGGGAAAUUUACAUUGCAUACGACAUGCUGGUAGCGCAUUUCCACUGGAGGGACAAGAUGAACUGUGAUGAGGUAAGUUCUAGCUUCCGCAAAGCAUCUUCUAUAGCGUGACUCCUGCAUUACAUCGAUCAACCGAAUGACACGUGUCGAGUCCACACUAAGAAGGUAGUUGUACUUAGGCUGUAGGCUCGUGAUCGUUUCUACUUCGACUUGUAAGUCGUUAAUCAAUUUUUAGCCCCAUAAUGUCAUCAACAUCUACUCGUCAUUUUUCUUUGUAUUUUGCCGAAGUGCUGCACUUUUUCCACCUCUUCUUUUGUACACCCUGCGACCAGGUUCUUUCCCAGCACAGAAGUGGAAAAUUGUUCUCCCCCUCUGUUAUUGGGACCUUGAAGAAGGCGUACCCCCAUGGGUACUGCGGGGUCGACAAACAGGGAUCCCCGGUGUACUACGAGCGCAUUGGGCAGCUGGAUGUGAAGGAGGUUUUGAAAACAGUGUCCGAGGAACAGUUUCUCCUGUACUUUAUCGCGGAGGCAGAGAAAACCGCCUGGAUCCGCAUGCCCGCAGCGACGGAGUACUUCCACCGGAAACAAGAGGCGGCUGCGGUAAAGGCGUGUGAAAGUAGAGACGGCUCCACCAAAGUAGAACCGCCACCAGCACCGCCGCCCUCGUCCACCUCUUCCUCAAAGCCGCGGAUCACGAAGGGCGUGUCGGUACUGGAUGUGCAGGGGAUCGGGAUGGGUUUCUUGGGCAAGACCACCCGGUCCGUGAUUGCGCAAAUCGGCUCCAUGAUGUCGGACAACUACCCGGAAUCGGCGAAGACAAUCGUGAUCAUCAACAGCAGCCGGGUGGCGACCAUGCUGUGGCCGGCGGUGCGGGCGUUCAUCAAUCCCGACACUGCGAAGAAAAUCAAGCUCGUGUCCAAGGCGAAGACUUUCCAAACGCUGGAGGAGCUAAUCCAGCCAGAGUGGAUUCCCAGCUGGAUCCCCGGCGGGAAGUGCACGCUGUGCGGCGACAACCUGGACCGCGACGUGGGGCCGUGGGUGGAAGGGUGGGAAGAGAUGGAAAAACUCGUCUUUCCAAACGACAGUUGCUACUUUCACAACGCAGCAAAUAACCGAGGAGAUCUUGUUGACCCGAAAGCAGGCGACAGAACGCUGACCAAGCGCUCGCGUUCUAGGAGCAAGGCACUGCUCAUGAGCGGCAAGAAUGCGGCGCUCGGCAUUGGUCGGAGGCUCGUCAGACAGCAUUCGCAGGAACGCAGCAAGACCCCGGACCUCGACAAGAGAAAAAGUAGCAAGGAGAGCGACAGCACCGAUCUGAAGAAGGGCGGACUCGUGAAACGCCGAAGCUAUUCGUCCGGGGAGGUGAUCGAGUUCCCGGAAGGACGGAAGAACGUGCCGCUAGGAACGACGUCUGGGACUGCAGGAACAUCAAGUGGGGCGGUUCCGUGCGUCGGAAACAUCAUCAAGAGCAGCAGAAACAACAACACCAAAUCCGCUGCUGCAGCUACGAGUUCAACAUUCGGAAGUAAAAUAAACCAGGCGAGCGGCACAACUGGUCAUGUCGAGAUCGACAUUGAUACCGCCUCGUUUGCCACGCGAUCGCGGUCGCUCUCCUACGACGACGCUCCCUCGACCGCUAACGCGGGACAGCGUGAUCUGGAAGAAGAACAGAUCAAUGCAGGUCGCCCUGUUGGCGUUGGCCUUUGCGAGAUGUUGACCUGUAGUAGAACGCCAGGGACUACUUCUGACAACACGGCACUGAACACAGGCGGAGAUCAGCUUGUGCACACGAUCAACGUGCUGCCGCUAGGACCAUCGACGUCCUCUUCUCGGGGUAGCUCGGGUCCAAUUCUUGCGUCAUCCGGCGACCAGGACGACAACGACACUCUUGCGGUCGCUGGUGGUCCAGGUUCGAUGAGUAAGGCCAGCAGCGCACAGUCUAUCUGCGCAGAUGAGCAAGAGCAGACACCAGACCUUCAAAGGGGACUGAGGUAGAGAUAUUUAUAUAUCUGUUUCGUCGUUCUUACGUUUGGUUUGGUAAUUUUGAAAGAGCGUGCUGGCGCAAGAGCAACCCCAACCAUCAGCUCCAGUCUCCAUGCCGCGUUGCCAUUGGCGGCCGUGGGGGCCGGGACGUCUUUUAAAAAGCAAGGGUUGCAGAUGUUGCAUUCUGACAGCACCAGAUUGAUGGUCAAACCAAGUGGUGGACGAAUGAAGUAAGGAUGUGAAGAUGUCCAUCCGCUACUGUACUACAACAACAGCAUCUACACGACUGAAUCGCGGGAGCGCGAUACGGACGCCCCCGAGACCUCCGUGCGGUAUUGGAGCGCAACUUCGCGCAACCGCCUGGCGGAGGAGGAGGAGCUUGGCAUCGUGGAUCCAGAACACGUGGCAGUCAAUCUGCUCGGCUCCCCGCUGACGGAUACGAGCCCCGCGGAUUGCCAGUUUCUGCAGAAGACCGAACGGGACAGAACGGCGCUGCUAGGUUCCGGCGCACAGGAAAGCUUCGUCCCCGGCGAUCCGGCCAACCCCCGACCGUCCAAGUUUACGCGCUUGUGCCGGAAGUUCGCCAAUUAUUGCUGCCCGCGACGCACGCGGAACAAGGAACUGAAAGCAGGUUUGGUCGUAUAGGCGGUAGUUCCAUAGUACCAAGAACGCGAUGAUCAUCUAAGACCUGCAGUAGAAAAGUAGAGUAUAUAUUGCUGUUGAUGAAUCCCAUCAAUCCAGGCAGUUUAUUAUUUUUCCAGAUGAAGCAUUCAUUUUCAUCUUUGCUUGUGCACGAGCACGACCUGGAUCGCUUCUUUUUAUUUUUUGUCGCUACGCGUUGCAUUUAUCUGAAACUUCUGCAACUGCCAUUUAAAAAUCUUUUGUAUCUAGUCAUUUGCAGCUACACAGCGUCUUUUUAGAUUUUAUUUCUUCGCGCUUUUGAUAUUUUUUCUGGUGACCAUCGCCACAUGCGGUUUCUUCUAAAUUAACGCCACACAGUGGAUUGCGACAUGAGCACCGGGACCGGCGGCCUGAUCUACCAGACCUCUUCAUUUUGAUUUUCUUCCCUUCGCUAAAGCGAACCCUAUUAUUGAGCCAACACUCAGCCAUCCACAACAGAGAGAAGCUCCUGAUUAGGAGCAAGACGACGUGUAGAAAAGAACAACAUCAAAAGAAUUUCGACUUCCAUCGAUAGUAUUUGCGACCUUCAUUCCAAGCUCAUUAAAAAUUCAAACAGCGCGAGCGCCACCACUUUUAAGCAGUGUGCUGCGGGGUACUUAUCUACGCCAUUACUGUCCAGCGGGCUCGAAGUGCCUGCGCCCUCCUGGAUAAAUUAUAGUCAAAACCAGCAUGAUCGCAGCUGGAUUGUAAGACUCUAAUCUCUUUAUGUAUUUCCAAUACAGCGUCUACCAACUCCAACAUGGUAGUCCUUAUGCGACUGUGAACGCCAAGAGAAACACUGUGUCUCCCCUUUCCCCCACUAGUACUGCUCUCAUCCGGGGCUGGACCUGGCUAGUUGCUCAUGCUCUCGCUACAAUAAAUGUGCUGGCUUUAAUUUUCAGUUGACUGUUGACAUCAAAUACAUGAAUGCGAUAGGUCUAGGUCAAUAACUCAUACGAUUAUACCCACUUUUCGAAGACGGCGCAACAGAAGCAGACAUGCUCUUUCCAUCUGACUUGGACUCAAUGACUCAAAUGAUGCGUCAAAUAAGGACAGAAUCAGAAGACGUG